AUCAAGGAAGUAAGAGCCUUUAAAGAUAGUUUGCUUUCAUGGACGUGGCUGUCCAAGUUCUGAUAAAUGACUUGAAAUAAGAGGAGAAGUACUGGAAUAGAAAUCCUCUAUACUAAAUUAGGAGAGAAGGAGUGUGGGGACCCGGGAUGUGAAAACCUCCUUGUCUGUUGACUUUACAGAGGUGGGCUUGUGUGGGUAAAGUGACUGAGACGGAGGAGAAGAAAAGGAUCUGACACCACGAACUAGCACCACACAGGAACUUUGAGAAGAAUGGAUACUACUGAUUACUGGGGUACCAUGGGAGCCUAACACAUUGGAAAUGCUGUUGGUUGAGAUUCCCUGCAGGAGCAAGACAAUGGAGAAGCCAAACAUUCUAUAGGAGUCUGUGACUGCUCUCUGCAGGCCCAGGGAACCAAACCCUGAGGCUUCCCUCCAGUGCCCUCUACUGACACAACAACAUGGCCAAUGCCUUGGCCAGUGCCACAUGUGAACGCUGCAAGGGGGGCUUUGCACCUGCAGAGAAGAUCGUGAACAGCAAUGGUGAGCUGUACCAUGAGCAGUGCUUCGUAUGUGCUCAGUGCUUCCAGCAGUUCCCAGAAGGACUCUUUUAUGAGUUUGAAGGAAGGAAGUACUGUGAGCAUGAUUUCCAGAUGCUCUUUGCUCCCUGCUGCCACCAGUGUGGUGAGUUCAUCAUUGGCCGGGUUAUCAAAGCCAUGAACAACAGCUGGCACCCUGAGUGCUUCCGAUGUGACCUCUGCCAGGAAGUGCUGGCAGACAUAGGGUUUGUCAAGAAUGCUGGCAGACACCUAUGUCGCCCAUGUCAUAAUCGUGAAAAGGCCAGAGGCCUCGGAAAAUACAUCUGCCAGAAAUGCCAUGCCAUCAUUGAUGAACAGCCUCUGAUCUUCAAGAAUGACCCUUACCACCCAGACCACUUCAACUGUGCCAACUGCGGGAAGGAGCUAACGGCUGAUGCUCGGGAGCUGAAAGGGGAGCUAUACUGUCUGCCAUGUCAUGAUAAGAUGGGGGUCCCUAUUUGUGGCGCCUGCCGGAGGCCCAUUGAAGGGCGAGUAGUGAAUGCCAUGGGCAAGCAAUGGCAUGUGGAGCAUUUUGUUUGUGCCAAAUGUGAAAAACCAUUUCUUGGACAUCGCCAUUAUGAGAGGAAGGGCUUGGCCUAUUGCGAAACUCACUAUAAUCAGCUAUUUGGUGAUGUUUGUUUCCAUUGCAACCGUGUCAUAGAAGGUGACGUGGUCUCUGCCCUCAACAAGGCCUGGUGUGUGAGCUGCUUUGCCUGUUCCACCUGCAAUACCAAACUGACACUCAAGAAUAAAUUUGUGGAGUUUGAUAUGAAGCCAGUCUGUAAGAAGUGCUACGAGAAAUUUCCUUUGGAGCUGAAGAAAAGACUUAAGAAACUAUCUGAGACCUUAGGAAGGAAAUAACUUUUGAUGUCUUUUUUUUCUCUCUCUUCUAAUCAAUAUUACUUAACUGGAUCGACCCUGAUCCACCCUUGCUUAAAACUAUAUCAAAGCAUUAGAGAGAAUGGUUUUCUUUAUUCCCCUUUUCUCAUUUAAAAUGAAAGAAAAUGUUUAUUUCUAUGUAAAACACAGGUGAAAUCAGGACUUUCAUUUCUUUAGCCAUAUUAGUCUGUAGGCAUUAAAAGUAUAUAAUCAAAAAACAAAAACCAAAAAAAAUGUUAAAGGGUAGUUUUAAUUAAGCCAUCCAAAAUAUGAAUUUAACUCUUCAGAAUUAAACAUCCUGCUCUAUGGACCAACAGAAGCACUUGCUGCCAAACUUAGUGGACUAAGUUGAAUCCUUAAGAAAGCAUCUGAGUCCAUGUGGGUCAUGUGGAACGAGAGCUCACUCCCACACGUUGUCCUCUAAGCUCCACAGAUGGCCGUGGUGCAUAUGCACUAACACACAGUUAAAAACCGUAAUAAACAACCGCUGUUCUAAAGAGUCAGCUUUUACAUGUUUCACAUUUUAAAGGACUCCAAGCUUUGCUUUUCCUUUAUAUAAGAAAAUAAUUUCCCAUUCCUAUACUGGGAACUAUAUAGGGAAGAUAGGUAAACUACCAAAACAGUUCCUAUGUAGUCAUGUGUUUAUCCAGUUAGCAUUGUCAAAAGAACAUGCAUAUUAGUAAGAAGCAAAAACAUUUCAGAAUGACUUCUUUUUUUUACUAAAUCACUACACUUAGUUUUCUAUUUCAUUCUCCUUAUAAAUUUUUCUUUCAUAAAAUUACUUAACAUACUUGUAACUACUAAUGUGUCUUUUACGUUUUUGAGCAAAACAAAAAAAUACCAGUUACCUGGAAAAUAACUGCAUAUAUUGUGAUAUUGGGGAAAUGAAACAUUUAAAAAAUAUAUUACACAAUUAUGCUUCUAAGCUUAAUGUAAGAUGCAUAGUAUUCAAAUGGGCCGUGAAAUGCACUAUGAUGCAGCUUGAAUCUAUCGCUUUCAACAGUGAGCAUGACCAGGUGUAGUGGCAGGUGGUGGUCCCAGCUCUCUGGAGGCAGAGGCAGGCAGAUCUCUGAGUCCUAGCUCAACCAGGGCUGCAUAUUAAAACCUUGUUUCAGAAAGAAUGACUGUAUCUCAUAUUACCUUUGUGUUAAUAUCUAUGCUUCAUACAUAAUCUAACUUGCCUUGCCUUAGAAAACUGCACUCUAUAAUCAGGAAUUCUAGAUAUUUCCUAUAAUACCAAAAUAAGUAUUUUGACUGAGAUCCAUUAAUUUAGAAUUAUUCACCACCAAUAUAAACUUUAAAAAUUCUUUUGUCAGGAAGCCAAUGAAAGUUAAUUCCUGUCCUCUUAUUAGAACUAUGCUGAUACAGUAAAACAUUUUAAUGAAGGCUUUUUCAUUUCAGAUGUCAUAACUGGGUUUUAUGUACUAUAAUGUAGUAAAACAGUAUAACUGAUACUUUUAGAUCAAAAGAGGGUAGUAAGAGUAUGAACUUUAAAAAUCAGUGAGUUCUAUUUUAUAAAAAUUUUCAUCUUAAAAUGUAUAGACUGUUCUUUUUGUAUAAACUCAAUAUGCAAAAGUAUGAACAUUUUUAAAUUUUUUCUGCUGCUAACAUGUUACCUUCUUUUUCUCAGUUGCCAAGAUAUAUUUUGUAAACUUUGCUGGAUAUAGUGAUUCACAUUGUAGUCUUAGCACUUGGGAGGCUGAGGCAGAAAGACUGCCAUGAGUUGGAGACAAAUCCUAGGUUACAGUGUGAGAUGCUAUCCCCCAAAACAUCCCCACAAACAAAAACACUAGUGUGUUGUUUUGCCAUAAAGAAUAUCUCAGGAACCUAGGAAAACGCUCAGUCAGUAAUGGACUCACACCAGUCUUAGGACCUGAGUUUGAACUUGGAGGUGAGCAGAUCCCUGAAUUUAUGAGAUAGCCAACUCAGCCUAACUAGUGAGUCCCAGAUCCAAGGGGGAAAUCCUGUAUCAAAAAAAGCAAGGUGGAUGGCUCCUGAGGAAUGAUAGCCAAGAUUGACAUCUGGCCUCCACACCCACACAUACAUAUGCGCACAUUCAGGAAUAAUAGACGUGUAUACACACACACACACACACACACACACACACACACACACACAGGAUAUCUCAGGAUGCUGUUACUCUGCCAUUAAAAGCUUGUAAUCAUGAAUUUUUAGAAUACUUGGUUAUGCACAUUAUGGAAUAUAUUUCUGUUUUUAUAUAGCUAGCUUGUAGCCAAUCAUUUUAUUUCCUAAUACGCUUUUGGAAUUAAGAGAAUUAUAAGUGAUUUAAAAUAUACAUGCUUUGUGUUUGUUUAACAUUUUAAAUUUUCCUUGUUUUUGACAAUAAGAACCAAAAUUUCUUCAGCGUGCCUUUGUGAGCUUAGAAUGACUAGCAAUGAUUCCCUUAAAAGUAUUUAUGAACUAUUGUACAUGCAUUUAAACAAACAGAAUUUGUAGUCUAGGGUCUUAAUGCUAAGUUCUUACAUACCUCACUGGAGUACGGAGCAGAGAAUCAGGCAUUCCCGUGCUUGCUCCGUCACUUUAGAGGUGUGUGGCCUGUGCCUGACUGCCUCUGCUUGUGUGACAUCGCUUAGCCAGAGUCCCCACUGCUGUCUUUGCUCACUUCUCUCAGACAGGAGUAUUCCAGUAAGUUUGAUCUCAUAAUUAUAUAGUAAUUCAUCUAGAGAUGGUGCUUUUCACUGUGGGGUGUAUCAUGACAGAGAGCCCUUAGUGUGGAAGAAGAGAGAGGUCUAAUGGGACCAAGACAAAGACUGCAUCUGGUUCCUGCUAGUUGUGGGGUUUCACUGGCUGCUGGCAUUUGUCAGUGAACAUCUCUGUUUGAGUUUCUGAGAACAAUCUAAAAUAAUUCAUUGUGCUUAUGUCAUUUCUAAGUGGCCUUUUUGUCCUUAGUUACCCUAAUGUAACAUGGAAAAUGGAUACACAAAGAAAUAUUUUUUGUGUCGUGUUCAAAGCCUUAUUAACACUUUGCCUGAAAUAGGUCAUUUGCCUCAUCCAUUUGCCAAAGCAGCUGAUUCCAGGUUAAAGAAACUUUGAUGUAGGCUGACAAUAUUCUUGUAUUUUAUUUUAGAUUGUAAGCUUAAUGGCAAGAAAUUAUAUCAGUAAUUGCGCUUUUUAUGUAGCAACCAUUGCUAUAUACUUUUAAUAAAUAUUCAUAAUUAUUCAAAAA